GUAAGGACGUUAGUGAUACGCCGCGUGAAAACCGUUCGUCGUGAAACCGAAAAUACGAUUUGGAAAUGGCCGUUAUUACAAGUUACACAGUGAAGUGUUGUGAAGUUGCGAAAAAUUGUUUUGUGACUUAAAAAUGUUUAUUAGUUAGUUUCUAAGACUGACAAACCCUUUAAUAAGUUUAAUAUGGUGUUGUUUUAAGUUUGUUUGCUCGAAGUUGGUGAGAAUUGAUAAAACAAUUGAGUAUCUAGUAAGUCAGUUGGACGUAAUAUUUUGUGAUUGGACCCUGGAGGCUUGUUUAGUUGCUGCUUUGACGUGAACAAAUACAGACUGCGUCAAAGUAAAGAACUGCUGAUCGGAAAUUUUCUUCACCAGCCGCUGACACUAAUGAAGCAAUCCACUGGCGGGAUAUUGAACUAGAAGCCACUCCAAACGGUUUUCCACAGCAAUAAAACAACACGCGCCGACCAAAGACUGCAACAAAAAAAACCAAACCCUAUUAACCGAUAGAAAAAGAACAUUUUCCCCCAACAGAAAUAUACAAUCCAAUGGCUCUGCUUGGAAUUGAAAGGACAAUCCAAGCGAUAUGUCAAUUAAAGCACAUUCUCGAUCGUAAUCAAUUACGCCAUUCGAAAAGGAAACAACUUCAUGACGAAGUAGUUUUUCAAACUUGACUUACAUUACGAUCGGGUCUUAAUUUGAGUGACUCAGAUAAAAUAAACAAAAUAGUAAACCCGAUGAAUGGUAACGAUAAGAGAGCGGGAAUAAUCAUCACCGAGGCCUCACCACUCGUAUGGCGGCUCAAAAUCAUAAUUCUUACUGUUCACGGCCUGGCUUCGUUACUUUACCUUCGUGUCUUCUCAUACUCGUCUCUUUUUUAUUACUAGCAGGCACGGCAUCCUCAGUCGAGUUCAACGACACAGAUCUCAAUACCACCGACCCAAAUACAACGUUGUACGACACAAAUUCGACAUCACUUAAAAAUCUGCACAUAAAGCAUACGAAAUAUUCUACUUUAGUGACUAUAAUUUUGGCGAUAAUCUUCCUGAUUGUCAUAUUCGGGACAAUAGUUGGGAAUAUAUUAGUUUGCGUUGCCGUUUGCUUAGUGAGGAAAUUGAGGAGGCCUAGCAAUUAUCUGAUAGUGUCACUAGCUGUUAGCGAUCUCUGCGUAGCGGUCAUGGUAAUGCCAGUAGCGAUGGUUUAUGAUUUAAUGGGAACUUGGCCGUUCGGGACGGUCAUUUGCGACUUCUGGGUAUCCAGCGACGUUUUGUCCUGCGCUGCGAGUAUUCUCAACCUGUGUAUGAUAUCAGUUGACAGAUAUUACGCAAUAACGAAGCCAUUGGAAUAUGGGGUGAAAAGAACGCCCAAACGAAUGAUUUUCUGCGUCUUCAUAGUAUGGAUGAGUGCAGCAUUAAUAUCGUUACCGCCAUUAUUAUUGUUGGGUAAUGAGAAGACAGAGACUUCAUGUUCGGUCUCCCAAAACCAGGGGUAUCAAAUUUAUGCGACAUUCGGCUCAUUUUAUUUACCACUGGCUGUGAUGGUCGUGGUGUACUAUAAAAUUUUUAGUGCUGCGAGGAAAAUUGUAAAAGAUGAAAGGCGUGCGCAGUCUCAUCUAGAAACGCAUUGCUAUUUGGAAAUAAAUGUCAAGAAUGGUGGUGCAGCCGAAGCUAAACUUCUGGGUGCUCAGCCUGUUCAACCACCGACAAGAGGUUCUACUGGUAGCACAAACACAACGUGUAGUAUAGAUAAAACGGAAAGUGCCAUUGGUAGAUGCUUCACGGGGCAGCGGAAAUCAAACGAGUCACAAUGCCCAAUGUUACAGCAACAAGCACCAAAAACACCCACAAAACCAAUACAUACCAUUAACAGACCAAACUCCCAAUUGGCUCCAAUGCCGGAAAUAAGGCACCCACCUAAGGAGAGAAGAAGACUAUCCUCUGAGAGUAGUAACAAAUUAACGACGAGCAGAAUCCGAUCAUCACUAUCAAAUUUUGCUCAAAAGAGUCACUUCGCCAAAGAUCUCUUACAACCUACGCACUCUCCACACCAGAAGAAGCUGCGGUUCCAGCUGGCCAAGGAGAGGAAAGCUUCAACAACACUCGGCAUAAUAAUGUCAGCUUUCAUAAUUUGCUGGCUGCCCUUUUUUGUACUUGCACUAAUAAGGCCUUUUGUGAAAGAGGACACUAUUCCAGAUGCUGUGAGUGCUCUUUUUCUGUGGUUAGGCUAUUUGAAUAGUCUGUUGAACCCAAUUAUUUACGCUACUUUAAACAGAGACUUCAGAAAACCAUUCCAAGAGAUUCUCUUCUUCCGGUGUUCCAACUUGAACCACAUGAUGCGUGAGGAGUUUUAUCACAGCCAGUACGGGGGUCCAGAUCAACACUACUGUGUCAAUAAUUCAUCUAAAGCUCCCAAUUAUGAUGAGGGCGUUGAAAUAGUUUCGGCUGUGGAUAGGGAAGAGACUAGAGCGUCUGAAAGUUUUCUAUGAUUGUCAAUACCCGAGGUCGUUUGUCGUGACCUGGAUACUGUGAUCUAAUUAAGACUAAACAAAAAACAGUGUAUAAGUGCAAAAACUAAUCAUAUGGUUAGAAAAUUGGUAUGAACAAUAACUGCAAAUGGUAUAUCGAUUAAACUAGUCGUCAACUUAACUCUGUCUGUAAACCUUCUUUUCACAUACUCGUAACAUUCGGUCCGGAAAGUUGACUUGUAAAUAUAUAACAAGUGAUAGGUUUCAUAGAAUUAAUAUUAUAACAUUGUAAGUGUAGACAAUCAUUAUAUUGUACCAGUUAUAGUCCAGUCACUGAGUGAUUUUGCCUUACAAAAUGCUGGGAAGCAAUUUAUGUAGUUGAAGUGAUGAUUCUCAUAAAAAAUGCGAGUUUUUUUUUAUUUCAUCAGUUGAGCAAUGCUGAAUGAAAGGUUGUGUUAACUUAGUUGAUGCUUGAUGCUUACCUACAUCGAUCUUUUUAAAGUACUUUUAAUAUAAGCCUAAGUAUUAUAUAUUUUAAAAUUAGAAGAUUCGAGUAACAUUGUUAUUUGUACACAAGAUGAAUUUUUCUAAACCAGAUUUUUUAUAAGAAUAUGUGUCUCUUGAUAACUAGCAUGUCCGAUGGAAACAAUAAUGGUGACUAGGUUGGAGCGCUUGACUUCAAAACUUACUUACUCUUACUAAAGUUACAGCAAUCCGUAUUCAUCUUUACUGGGAAGACUACGAGUCGCUAGUCAGCCGUAACAUUUCACGAAAAUUUUUUUCCGACUUAAGAAGAUUUUACUUCAAUAAUUUUCAAGUAUAAAAAAAUGUAUAAAAUAAAUCGAUCUCAAAUUCUUUUCUAACUACCCAAGGAGUGAAAGAAUCACUCAUACAUAUCGAAUAAAUGAAAAAAAUAUUUCUAUGAUAAUGCUUCCAAACAUCGUCUACAUUUUACUGAGCAAGUAUGCUCUAGAUAAGUUAUAGGUAGUAGUUUAUUGCUCAAUGCUCAGGAGACGAAAUACAGCAACGGAAGUUUUGUUAAUUAAGUCGAAUAGUUGUCAUAAAAAUAAUGCGGGUGGACAAAAAAAUCAGUAUAAAUUUUACUCAGAAACGCACAAUUGCUCUGUAAACGAUGUAGGCGUUCCACCGAAGAUAAACAAGUUUGAGCUAAGUUUAAAGAUAAAGGAUCGAUAUUUGAGGAAAAAUAUUACAUUUUGUGUCAAUAAUAUAGAGUUUAACAUCCCGUACUUUGUAUUCUCCAUAAUUAAAUGUAAUAUAAGCUGAACUUACUUAUUUGCGUCGGAUCACGCUCGACUGUUUCUUGUCAAAGCAGUUUAUUCGAGUUUCACCCUACUUAAAACAUCAGCA